UUCCAUUUUCUUGUUUUAGCCUGAGAGCUUGCUUCAAUUGUUAAAAAAAGAAAAUGUUGGGCAUAAGUGGUGUGUGUUCCAGAAUCAUUGGGGAGUUGGUGCAAGUGUUAGGAGUUUCGAGAUCAAACUCGACUCACAUUGCUCCGAAUUCUACUUGUAAACCAGCGAAUGAACGUCAGAUUGAUGAGUUGAUGCUGCGGGCACUUACUGCAGUUUUCGGAAUGGAGGACAAUGGGAAGAUAAAGAAAGAAAAAGCAAGGCGGGUUGUGGAGAAACUUGGGUUGAUAUAUGGAGAAGAAGAGAAGUCAAGUUUCGACCUGCCUGGUGAAGAAGAAGUGCCGGUAGAAGAGGCACUUGGAGAACUGGAAGAUGAGAAAAAGCGCAAUGAAUUACUACGUGAAGCGUUUAAGAUAUUUGAUGAAGAUGGCAAUGGUUAUAUAGAAGCAACAGAGUUGAAGAGGGUGCUGGAAUGUCUCGGAUUGGAUAAAGGAUGGAAUAUUUCUGAAAUCGAAAAGAUGUUGAAGGUUGUGGAUUUGAAUCUUGACGGAAAGGUUGAUUUUGGCGAGUUCGAAUUAAUGAUGGGCUGAAAUCUUUGUUCUAAAUCACACGCCUAAUUGUAUAUUCAUCAUUCUUUCUUUCAAUUAAUUUUGUCAGAAAUAAAAUUUCACAGCAAGUUCUUCACAAUAAUGUCUUCUUUCUUAUAGAGUUGAUCAAAACUUGCCCAUCCAAAGCAGGCUAGCUCCCCUGUCUCAGACUUAUUUCAGAAGUGAUGGAUCUCAUCUUAAUU